UUAGCUAUGAAUUAUUUUGUUGGGUUACAAAUUGGCUGUGGAUUUACUACAAUACUAUCUUUUAUUUUUAUCUCAUUCCGCUUUUGCGUGACUCCACCACCCUGAACGAGAAGCCUUCGCUUUCGCUAUCGAGUUCUCAGGUCUUCACUCGCAGAUUUUGAAGCUUCGUGAAAGCUGUGAACUUUUAUUCCGAGUUUUUGAUCUGUCAGAAAAUAAGUCCAAGUUGCUUCUAGAUAUCAUAACAUGCCAAUCCGAGGUAAAAGAACUAAACGUGCUCCAAGGAGAGACCACGGUGAUCCACCACAACCUUCCACUUCCCUAGGUGUCAAGAAUGAUAAGAACAAAAUUCAAAAGAAAGAACCAGUAAAAGGGUUUAAUGCAUUGAAUAAUAAGCAGAAAUCUGCUCCUUUCAAUUCUGAACAGAAUGAUGAAGACAACGGUUACAAUGAUGGUACAGACAGAGAGAUGCAACUCAUCAUGGAGGAAAUUUAUAAACGACUAUUACUCAAGCAGCAGGCAGCUGUCGCAAAUAAGGCGAAAAAAUGUAUUGAAGCUACUUUUGGACUUUCCAAUGAUGUGAGGCCAUCAAUUGGAGGAUCACAUGUAGAAACUGAUAGGCAAAAAGUUAUAUCUGUAGAGGGCAUCUCUAACUCAGGUAAACGAAUUACUCGUAGUCAAGGGAGAGGUCGUAGUGGUCUACCAGGUCCUUCUCAAUAUUGCAUUAAUCCACCCCCACAACCAGUACAUACUUCGGUUUCCCCAGGUGUCAAGAAUGGCAAGAAUAUAACUCAAAACAAAAGCCAGGAAAAAGGGGUCAAUACAUUAAAUAAUAAGCUGAAAUCUACUGCUUUUAAUCCUGAAAAGAAUGAUGAACACUGCGACAAUAAUGAUGGUGAAGAUGAAGAAUUGCAACACAUUAUAGAGAAAAUUUGCCAAUCACAAUCACAUGAGCAGCAAGCAACUGAUGCAAAUAAUGUGGAAAAUUAUAUUGGAUCCAGUUUUGGACUUUCCAACAAUGCGAGGUCACCAAACAUGGGAUAUAAUGUAGAAACUGUUACAAGAGUUAAAUCCGUAGAGGGCAUCUCAAACACAGGUAGAGGAGUUAGACGUGGUCCAGGGAAAGAUCGUAGUGAUUCACGAAGGCCUUCUAAAUCGUGCAUUGAUCCACCAGCACAACCAGCACAUACAUCGAUUAUUCCAGGUGUCAAAAAUGACAAUAGAAUUCAAAAGAAAGGGAGGGGUAAGAAGGUUAAUACAUUAAAUAAUAAGCAGAAAUCUACUGUUUUUAAUUCUGAACAAAAUGAUGAACAUUAUGACAAUAACAACGGGGAAGAUGAAGAUUUGGAACUCGUCCCUGAGGAAAGUAUUCAACCCCGAGUACACAUGCAGCAAGCAACUAAUGCAAAUAAUGUGGAAAGGUAUAUUGGAUCCGACUUAGGACUUUCCAACAGUGUUAGGUUGUCAAGCGUGGGAUAUCAUGUAGAAAAUGAUACAAGAAAAGUUAUAUCUGUUGAAGGCAUCUCUAAUCCAGGUAGAGGAAUUAGCUGUGGUCAGGGGAGAGGUUGUAGUGAUCCGUCAGGGCCUUCUCAAUCGUGCAUUGAUCCUCCACCAGCAGAUAAUUCAGUUUUCCCAGGCUUCCAGAAUGUCUAUAACAAAAUUCAAAGGAAAGGACUGGUUAAGGGGGUUGAUGCAUUAAACAAUAAGCAGAAAGCUACUGCUUUUAGUUCUGAACAUAUUGAUGAAUACUUUGAUGAUAGUGAUGGUGAAGAUGAAGAGAUGCAACUCCUCAUGGAGAAAAUCUAUCAACGGCAAUUACGCAAGCGCCAAGCAGCUAUUGUAAAUAAUGUGAAAAAAUCUAUUGGAGCCAGUUUUGGACUUUCCAACGAUAUGAGGCCUUCAAGUGGAGGAUCCCAUAUAGAUGCUGAUAGGAGGAAGGUCGCGUCUGUAGAUGGCAUCUCUAACCUAGUUAGAGGAAAUAAACGUAGUCGAGGGAUAGGUCGUAGUGAUCCACCAGGGCCUUCUCAAUCAUGCAUUGAUCUGCCACCAGCAACACAUACUUCGGUUUCCCAAGGUGCCGCAGCUGACUAUAGCAGCUGGCAGAACGCUCACACCACAAUCUAUGGCAUGGGUGAUACUUCCGCCACAAUGGGUAUGAAGAAUGACAAGAACAAAAUGCAAAAGGAAGGACUGGUUAAGGCGCUUGACGCAUUAAACAAUAAGCAGAAAUUUACUGCUGUUAGUUCCGGAGAGAAAGAUGAUUAUUCUGAUUACGAUGAUGGUGAAUAUGAAGAGAUGCAGCUCAUGGGGGAGAAAAUUAUUGAACAACAAUCACUCAGACAAAUAGCUGACACAAAUAAUGUGAAACAAUAUAAUAGAGGCAAUUCCGAAGUUUCCAACCAUGGGAGCAUGGGCAGUGCUUCUUCAGAAUCUGUCCCAAACUCUACUGAUCUACCAGCUAAAGGCCCAACUUCACUGCCUUUGAGAAGAUCAUGUGUAGAAACUAAUAGAAGAGAAGUUAUAUCUAUCGAGGACAACCCAAACCCGAGGAGGUUUGUUCCCCAAAGUGUUACCCGCUAUAUUAUAUCUAACGUGAUCGUGCGGAUGCCUAUUCCAGCUGCAAAAUGGAGAGAAUAUCCCAUUGAAAUGAAGGAUGAGUUAUUUAAGGACUUCAUGGAUAAAUAUAAGUUUGCCUCAGAUUCAGAACGCAGUAUUGCAAGAAUGGUGUGGGAAAGAACAUGCCUGGACCGCUAUCCUGAUCAUUUAAAAAAUGCAAGAAAAGUGGCCUUACGGCAAGUGAACUCAACAAACUUGGCCGAUACUAAGGACCAUGGGCCCAAAGGGCUGAAGCCAGAAGUAUGGAAUGGUUUAGUCGAUAUUUGGUUGAAACCAGAGUGGAUGAAGAAGUCUGAUGCUAAUCGAUGUAAUAGGGCUUCCAAACCUGAUUCAGUCUUGCACACUGGAGGCUCGAUAAGCUUUACUGAACAUAAGAAGAGGCUGGAGGAAGAGUUGAAGCAAGGAGUUUCAUAUAGAGAUGUUUACGCUCAUGUUCAUAAAAGGAAAGAUGGGGAAUAUGUCUCUCGACGUUCGGAGAAAUUUAUUGAGUUAUAUGACACCGUAAUGUUGGAAAAAUAUGGAGAAGACUCGUCCAAUCAUCCAGUGUUUGAUUCAAAAGUGUGGGCAGAGGUGUCAGGUAUGGAUAAGAAGAAGAGGCGAGCUUAUGAAGGUCGUAGCUACGAUGUUGACACUCCUGGACCUAUGCCUAUCUCGUAUCCACAGGACAUUGGUCCUUCGCGCAUUGCAGCUCCAACAGAAGAAUAUAUUAAGGAAGCUGUAAAUACAGCCAUGGCUUCUUUUGUGCAAACCCAAUUGGCACCUAUGUUGCAGCCCAUCCUGUCUAUGAUCGGUGGUUCCAUAAGAGAAGCAUUAUCGCAAGGUAGAGUAGCUGACAGAGACGGUGAGGAUGAAUGAUGAUGAUUUUGUGGUUGAGGUAGAUACAUUAGUCCAACUUGGUAUCUUUUGUUGCUUUUGCUCAUGUUUUGUGGCUGCCGCAGUUUUGGUUUUGGCUAGUUUGGGAAGAACAGUCAACUGCUUCUACAGGGCCUGUGGACAUUGAUUUUACAUAUAAAUUUAUUAGCAGCUACCAAAUUGACCUAUUAUUUAUAUGCUUGUGUGAAAUGCAAAAGUUGGAUUCAAUUCAUUUUGA